GAUGAAGAGGUUAAUAGGAAGGCUUUGCGAGUGGCAGUCCGGAUUCAUUGCAACUGUCAGCUGCUAGCCCGGACAGACAGGGCAAGAGGAUCGCUCAUCAGCUCUUUUGGCAGAUCCCAGCCAAGCACUUUCAUGCAAGCGACACUCAUCAAGCAGAGGGCAGUGCAGGGGACUAUCAGCACAGACUGGCAUUUCAGAGUGAUAUACCCUUUGCAGGAAUCCCCUUCUGUAAAGAUGUCCCAGUCUUCUGGAGCAGAUGAAGGGACGACAUUUGAGCACCUCUGGAGUACCCUAGAGCCAGACAGCACCUAUUUUGAACUUCCCCAAUCAAGUCAUUCAAACAAUACUGAAGCAUCCAAUCGAGCUGACGUCAACAUGGAUGUUUAUCAAAUGAGGAGCAUGAAUGAAUCUAUCAUGUCCCAGUUCAAUCUGCUGAACAACACCAUGGAUCAGAGUAUCGGCAGCAGAGCGGCCUCCACUAGUCCCUACAACCCUGAUCAUACUUCGAAUGUUCCUACACAUUCCCCCUACUCACAGCCCAGCUCCACGUUUGAGGCCAUGUCACCUGCUCCCGUCAUUCCUUCCAACACAGACUACCCAGGAACACACAACUUUGAGGUGACAUUCCAGCAAUCCAGUACAGCCAAGUCAGCCACAUGGACGUAUUCUCCUUUGCUGAAAAAGCUGUACUGCCAGAUAGCUAAGACAUGUCCCAUCCAAAUCAAGUUGUCUAAUCAACCACCGCCUGGUUCAGUCAUUCGGGCAAUGCCGGUGUUUAAGAAAGCAGAACAUGUGACUGAGGUUGUGAAACGAUGUCCCAAUCAUGAACUUGGGCGUGACUUUAAUGAUGGCCAAGCAGCCCCAGCAAGCCAUCUGAUACGAGUGGAAGGCAAUAACUUAUCUCAGUAUGUGGAUGACCCAGUAACAGGUCGGCAAAGCGUUAUGGUGCCGUUCGAACCACCCCAGGUUGGAACAGAGUUCACCACAAUACUCUACAACUUCAUGUGCAACAGUAGCUGUGUGGGAGGAAUGAACAGGCGGCCUAUUCUGAUCAUUAUUACUCUGGAAACAAGAGAUGGGCAAGUAUUGGGCAGAAGGUCUUUUGAAGGUCGUAUCUGUGCCUGUCCGGGCAGAGACCGUAAGGCUGAUGAGGAUCACUUCCGGGAGCAAGCAGCAUUAAACGAAACAGCGGCAAAAAAUGGCAAUGCAAACAAACGCACAUUCAAACAGAGUCCCCCGAGUGCUCAAACAGUGGGUGCUAAUAUUAAGAAAAGGAGGCACGGUGAAGAUGAGAUAUUUUAUAUACCUGUUCGUGGUCGGGAGAAUUUUGAAAUCUUGAUGAAAAUAAAGGAAAGUCUGGAAUUGGUGGAGCUUGUUCCUCAGCAGCUGGUGGAUUCGUAUAGGCAGCAACAGCAGCAGCUUCUUCAGAGACAAACCCAUAUGCAGUGUGCUUCUUCGUAUGGUCCUGCCCUUUCACCAAUGAAUAAACUUCAUGGCGGGAUCAACAAGCUGCCUUCUGUCAACCAAUUAGUGGGACAACCUAACCAGCAUAAUUCUAAUGCAGGGCCAAACUUGGGACCAAUGGGUCCCGGCAUGUUAAACAGUCAUCCUUUGCAGACUAAUGGAGAGAUGAAUGGGGCACAUUCAUCUCAGUCUAUGGUAUCAGGAUCACAUUGCACCCCUCCACCACCCUACAGCGCAGACCCCAGCCUAGUCAGUUUUUUGACAGGAUUGGGGUGCCCCAACUGCAUCGAAUAUUUCACAUCACAAGGGUUACAGAAUAUUUACCACCUGCAGAACCUUACUAUGGAGGAUCUUGGGGCACUGAAAAUCCCAGAACAUUACAAAGCAAUGAUAUGGCGAGGCAUUCAAGAGCUUAACAAGAGCCACGACUAUGGAGCCCAGCAGCUUGUUCGAUCAAGUGGCAACGGUUCCAGCAUUUCUAUUGGCAGCUCCGGUGAGCUCCAGCGCCAGCGUGUUAUGGAGGCAGUACAUUUCCGAGUACGGCACACCAUCACCAUUCCCAACCGGGGCGGUGCUGAUGAAUGGGCAGAUUUUGGCUUUGAUUUACCCGACUGCAAGUCACGCAGACAGUCCAUAAAAGAGGAGUACGAAAACAGUGAUAUUAACUAAUACUCCUCCGAGCAGUCGCGUAUCCCACCAAAUAAAUACCCGCCUGCGUUAAGCCAAAUCAAAAUGGCCGUGCCGUGAAAUCAACAAACCAUACGUGAUGAUUGCUUAUUGGUUCCAGAAGAAGAGAUAUGAGGCUGUUAUCCUCUGUGCUCAACGGCUUUCAUUUUAGGGUCAUUUAUUAUGGGGAUCAACUGAAUGGAGAAACCUUUGACAACAUGUGAUUGUAGAAAAGGCAGCCAAGCAACCAAACACAUGGGGAAUUGCUGGUUUGAUGAGAAUAAUCAAAACAUGUUGUGUUUCAUAAAGGCCGUCAGUGAGAAGUAUUAAAGACCUCUGCUUUCACACAGAUCAAUCUCCAGCUCCAAGAUGGCGGCCAUUUGCUGAAAUAACUGCAACAGGAAGUGGGAUCCGUAUCUCUCCCGACGAACUGCCAGAAAAGUAUUUUUGCAUUGACUUUCAAAGCCUUGGACAACGAUAAAAAGCAAUAGCCUUUCAAGUACGAGAAAGGUUCAGGAGUUGUAUAGAUACACACCUCGAAGCGUGUUGUUUUGGAAUUAGGUCUCUGGUCUCAAUCCUGCUGCGUUUUAGGGGCACAAAAGAGAAAAUCGGACCACGACCGACAGUUCUUGUGUAUAUACUGUUUCUCUUUCUUCUUCUUAAUAUAUAUAUAUUUAAUUAUUCUGUGUAAGAUGAAAGUUUUGGUCACUGAUACAGUUUGUCAGCAAUGAGGUGUUGGAAUGAUGAUGAUGAUACAUAGAGAGAGCUUUCCAUACACAAUAACAUGACACUCUGAGUGCCUGGGAUUAGAGAAUAUAAACAUACCCUGCUUUGUGUCUCUGCUGCUGCUGUUGGUUUCCUCACACUGAACUUUAUUAAACUCAACUCACUUUUUAAUGAAUCUGUGUAAACGAAUGCACAUUCAGCCUGAGCAGUGUAUUGACAAACGCUGUUUAUAAAUGUUCAGUAAAGGGACACUGUCAUGGGAAAA